UUUCAUUUGCUAAACAAUAAAUGGUAAAUAAAUGUUAAAAAAAAAAAGGGAAAGAAAAUGAAAAACCGAAAGAAAGAAUCAAAACUAAAGAAGAAAAUACUAAAAAAGCAAAAAAGCACAAGGGAGAAGAAAAUUUAUUAUCUCACAUACACAACCCAAAAAAUCACCUUAAAACAUACUUAUUACUACUCUGUUGUUCCAUUUUUCGAAUUGAAAUUUUCAUCACCGGUGGUGGUGAAAAUGAGAGGAGCGACGAGCUCUGGUGGUUCUGGUGACGGUGGCAUGGCCGAUUCUGCUCCUGCUAAAAGGAAUUCCAGGAAACCCCAAUAUUCUAGGUUCACACAACAAGAGCUUCCUGCUUGCAAACCAAUUUUAACGCCAGGAUGGGUCAUUGCCACAUUCGUUGGUGUUGGCAUUAUUUUCAUUCCUAUUGGUCUCAUUGCCCUGUUUGCAUCAGAACAUGUGGUGGAAAUUGUUGAUCGAUAUGACAAAGAUUGCAUUCCUCCCAACUAUUCAAAUGCUAGCCUCCAAUACAUUCAGAGCAGUAAAACGAACAAGACCUGUACCAGGACCUUAACUGUUCCAAAGCAAAUGAAAAGUCCUGUUUUUAUCUAUUAUGAGCUUGAUAACUUCUAUCAGAACCAUCGUCGAUAUGUAAAAAGUCGAAGUGACAAGCAGUUGCGGAGCAAGGCAGGUGAGAGUGACACAGACAACUGUAAACCUGAAGCAGUCACAUCAACUAAUGCUCCAAUUGUUCCUUGUGGCCUUGUUGCAUGGAGUUUGUUCAAUGACACUUAUGGGUUUUCUCUUAAAAACAAGGCCUUAGAUGUCAGCAAAAAAAAUAUAGCAUGGAAAAGCGACCAAGAUUAUAAAUUUGGGUCUGAUGUCUAUCCUAAAAAUUUCCAGAGUGGAGGUUUGAUUGGAGGUGCAAAGCUCAAUUCAAGCAUACCUUUGAGUGAACAAGUGGAUCUUAUUGUUUGGAUGCGUACUGCUGCACUUUCAACUUUCAGAAAACUUUAUGGAAGGAUAGAAGUGGACCUUGAAGCUAAUGAUAUAAUUACAGUUACUAUACAGAAUAAUUAUAAUACUUACAGUUUUGGGGGUAAAAAGAAGCUGGUUCUUUCAACCACGAGUUGGAUAGGAGGAAAAAAUGAUUUCCUGGGCAGAGCAUAUCUUACUGUAGGUGGAUUGUGCUUGUUCCUGGCAGUAAGCUUCUUGCUUGUAUACGUGAUCAAGCCCAGGCCUCUUGGUGACCCAGCCUAUUUGUCUUGGAAUAAGAAUCCAACAGGACAAAUGAGUUGGAACUCUUAAACAAUUUUCUGCCCUUUCCGAGUUGAGACUUAGACAUGCUUGGUAAUAUUUUGCAUUUUCAAUAGUGAAAUGGCGUUAACUAGUUGUAGCUAGGUUGAGUUUCAUCGUUGCUUUUGUAACAAACAAUCCUAGUUAAGGUAGUAAAUAAGUUUAAACCUUCUGUUA